AUGGCUGCCUCUCCUUUGAGAUUGAGAACUCACAAACACAUUCGAAAGAUUAGUUUGCCUUCAGAGUCUCAUCCUCUUUUUCGUCGGUUUGAUGAGCAGUUAUCUAAGCUAAGGAGUUCAACUUGUUCUUCCACAUUGCCUUCAAUAAGGAGCAAGAUGGAUGUUCUUCAAGAUUUGUAUGAUUGUAUCGACGAUAUGUUUCUUUUGUCAAACACUCAACAAGUGUUUGCGAAAGAAUGUCAAGAGAAAUGGGUUGAAGAUGCCUUGGAUGGUCUUCUUAUGCUCUUGGAUGCUUGUGCCUCAUCUAAGAACAUAAUCUCGGAAACUAAGGAAGAUAUUCAAGGAUUGGUUUCAAUGAUGAGGAGGAGACGAAAGGAUGUGAGUGAGUUUGGAACUUAUUUUGCAUCUAGAAAGAAUGUGAAGAAGUUGAUCCAAAAGUCCUUGAAAGACCUCAAGACCAAGAAAACUCCUCAAGCUAAUUUGGACAAGGAUCAAGAAACAGUUGUUAUCGCUACCAUGAUGAAGGAAGUUGGGUCGAUUACUCUCGCCUUAUUUCAAUCAUUGUUGUCCCACAUCGCCGGCGGAUCAAAGUCACAGUCGAGAUGGUCAUUGGUUUCCAAAUUGAUGCAAAACAAUAACACCAAGCCAUGCCAAAGUAGUGUUGUUGCAAACGAGUUUGAAGAGGUGGAUGUUGCAGUGUUGGCGAUCAUAUCUGAAAAGAUAUCAAAAUCUAAUGAAAUAUUCAAGGUGCAAAAUCUAUUGGGAGAUAUGGAAUCUGAGAUUCGAGAAAUGGAGAAGGUUUUAGAGUCCUUGUUCAAACGUUUAAUCAAGACAAGAGUUUCUCUUCUCAAUAUGCAUGGUCAUUAGUUCUUUGUCC